AUCAGAAUGAGGAGUAUAAAAGGGAAGAAAGCAUGAGAGAAGAAGAGUGAAGGUUGUGGUAAGCAACAAAGCUAAGUAGCAAACAAGGAGAGAAGUGCAACAACCUCGAAGCUAGUUCAAACUAGUGGGAGGUUGUCUGCAACAAAGCAGCUGUUAAUACUCACAAAGCAAAAAGAAAAAGGAAGUUACUAUUUUUAGAAAGUAUGGCUCGUGGAAAGGUUCAGAUGAAGAGGAUAGAGAACCCGGUUCAUAGGCAGGUGACCUUCUGCAAACGGCGAGCAGGGCUUCUUAAGAAGGCGAAGGAGCUGUCCGUGUUGUGCGAUGCUGAAAUUGGUCUUUUCAUUUUCUCCGCCCAUGGCAAGCGCUAUGAACUCGCCACUAAAGGGACCAUGCAAGGGCUGAUUGAGAAGUACCUGAAGUCAACCAGGGGAGCUGAGGUGGCUGAGGAAGCCAAAGAUAAACAAACUCUGGAUCCAAAAGGGGAGAUCAACAUGCUGAAGCAUGAGAUUGAAGUACUCCAGAGAGGCUUAAGCUACAUGUAUGGAGGAGGAGCUGGAACAAUGACACUGGAUGAAUUGCAUUCACUUGAAAAAUACCUUGAACUUUGGAUGUUUCAUAUUCGUUCAGCAAAGAUGGAUAUGAUGUUUCAAGAGAUCCAGUUGCUGAAAAAUAAGGAAGGGAUACUACAAGCUGCAAACAAAUAUUUACAGGAUAAGAUAGAAGAACAAUACCCUGUCACUAACAUGACAUCGACUUUGACUGACUUUCAAUGCCCACUAACUGUACAAAAUGAGAUAUUCCAGUUCUAACAUAUGCUCUCACUGCAUAAGAUAUGCUUAUGGUGAAGCAUUUAGUAGGGUAAUUAAGGACAUGUAAUAAUUGACUGAUUAGUUUCAGUUUCGCCUUCUUUAGCCGAGGGUCUAUCGGAAACAGUCUCUCUGCCUUUUCAGGGUAGGGGUAAGGCUGCGUACAUCCUACCCUCCCCAGAUCCCACUUGUGGGACCACACUGGGUUGUUAUUGUAGUUUCAGUUUGGAGUGUGAACUUGAUAUGAACAUAUAAGUAUGUUUAUUAUAUGUUUAAUUUAGGUCAUAUGAUCUAGUGUGAGUGUCUCUUCAUAGUGUGUAUGAAGUGUAGUGCUACUUAUAAUUAUGUCAUCUAAAGAUUCUAAGUGCUUUAUAAAAUGGAUGAGUAUUUGCUAAUGAGUGAUUAGUUCCUAGA